ACGCGCACGCAUCCGGCCCGCGGUGCGCGCGCAGGUUGGUGCGUCGGUCGGGGGCGCGCUCGGGUAACCUGUACCCCACGUAGUCGCCGGUUACCGAUCGGACUAAGUUCCAGAAAUUGCUUCCCCCGUGUAACUUCCCUCGUGCGCUGUAUGACGUCGACGUGACACAGCAGGACGGCACCCCUUUCCGUUCCAUGACUGGUGAUUUGCAAGUCAAGUUAAAAUGUCUCCAGAAGUGGCCUUGAACCGAAUUUCUCCAAUGCUUUCCCCAUUCAUAUCUAGCGUGGUCCGCAAUGGGAAAGUGGGACUGGAUGCUACAAACUGCUUGAGGAUAACUGACUUGAAAUCAGGAUGCACGUCAUUGACUCCUGGACCCAACUGUGACCGAUUUAAAUUGCACAUACCAUAUGCUGGAGAGACAUUAAAAUGGGAUAUCAUUUUCAACGCCCAAUACCCAGAGCUGCCUCCGGACUUUAUCUUUGGAGAAGAUGCUGAGUUCCUGCCAGACCCCUCGGCUCUGCAUAACCUUGCCUCCUGGAAUCCAUCAAAUCCUGAAUGUCUCUUACUUGUGGUGAAGGAACUUGUGCAACAGUAUCACCAAUUUCAGUGCAGCCGCCUCCGUGAGAGCUCUCGCCUCAUGUUUGAAUACCAGACGUUACUGGAAGAGCCACAGUAUGGAGAGAACAUGGAAAUUUAUGCUGGCAAAAAAAACAACUGGACUGGUGAAUUUUCAGCUCGUUUUCUUUUGAAGUUGCCAGUGGAUUUCAGCAAUAUUCCCACGUACCUGCUCAAGGAUGUGAAUGAAGACCCCGGAGAAGAUGUGGCCCUCCUUUCUGUCAGUUUUGAGGACACUGAAGCCACUCAGGUGUAUCCUAAGCUGUACUUGUCACCCCGCAUUGAACAUGCGCUUGGCGGCUCCUCGGCUCUUCACAUCCCAGCUUUUCCAGGAGGAGGAUGUCUCAUUGAUUAUGUUCCUCAAGUGUGCCACCUGCUCACCAACAAGGUGCAGUAUGUGAUUCAAGGAUAUCACAAAAGGAGAGAGUAUAUUGCUGCUUUCCUCAGUCACUUCGGCACGGGUGUCGUGGAAUAUGAUGCAGAAGGCUUUACAAAACUCACUCUGUUGCUGAUGUGGAAAGAUUUUUGUUUUCUUGUACACAUUGACCUGCCCCUGUUUUUUCCUCGAGACCAGCCUACUCUCACAUUCCAGUCUGUCUAUCACUUCACCAACAGUGGACAGCUUUAUUCCCAGGCCCAGAAAAAUUAUCCAUACAGCCCCAGAUGGGAUGGAAAUGAAAUGGCCAAAAGAGCAAAGGCUUAUUUCAAAACCUUUGUCCCUCAGUUCCAGGAGGCAGCAUUUGCCAAUGGAAAGCUCUAGGAAACACCAGUCGUGAGAGGUGGCCAGCCAGACUGCUCCGUCCACAUGCGUGUCAGCACACACGGCCGCUUCCUGGAAGCCGUCGGGAUGUCUUCAUGGCAGCAUUUCGCUCACACAGCAGCUUUGCGCCGCAGCUGGAACCCAGACUUGAGCUGGCUGGCGGGAACCUGGGUCCCAGAGCCCCCCACCUCUGGUUGCUCUCUGUUUCCUUCAAUAUAUUUCGUAGUUGGAAGAAAUAAAGUCACAAAUCA